GGACAUCCAAGCCCCGGCCCUUACCCCUGUUUUGCUCUUGUCAGCUUGCAGGCGUAGUCACAGUGGCAGCUUUGAGAGUUGGACUCCCAAGCCACUGAAGUGAUCUUUAGGCCUCAGCCCCAAAUCUGCCACCAUUCCGUGCUGCAGGGACACCAUGGCUCCGGAGGAAGACACUGGAGGGGAGGCCCUAGGGGGCAGUUUCUGGGAGGCUGGCAACUACAGGCGGACAGUGCAGCGAAUAGAGGAUGGGCAUCGGCUGUGUGGGGACCUGGUCAGCUGCUUCCAGGAGCGCGCCCGCAUUGAGAAGGCCUAUGCCCAGCAGCUGGCUGACUGGGCCCGCAAAUGGAGGGGUGCCGUGGAGAAGGGCCCCCAGUAUGGCACACUGGAGAAGGCCUGGCAUGCUUUUUUCACGGCGGCCGAACGGCUGAGUGUGCUGCACCUGGAGGUACGGGAGAAGCUGCAGGGGCAGGACAGUGAUCGGGUGCGUGCCUGGCAGCGGGGUGCCUUCCACCGUCCUGUACUGGGUGGCUUCCGUGAGAGCCGGGCUGCCGAGGACAGCUUCCGCAAGGCCCAGAAGCCCUGGCUUAAGCGGCUGAAGGAGGUUGAGGCUUCUAAGAAGAACUACCAUGCAGCCCGGAAGGACGAGAAGACAGCCCAGACUCGGGAGAGCCAUUCCAAGGCAGACAGUGCUGUCUCCCAGGAGCAGCUGCGCAAACUGCAGGAGCGAGUGGAACGCUGCACCAAGGACGCCGAGAAGAUGAAAACCCAGUAUGAGCAGACGCUGGCCGAGCUGCAUCGCUAUACCCCACGCUACAUGGAGGACAUGGAGCAGGCCUUCGAGGCCUGCCAGGCCGCUGAGCGCCAGCGGCUGCUCUUCUUCAAGGACAUUCUGCUCACCCUCCACCAGCACCUGGACCUCUCCAGCAACAAGAGGUUUCAAGAGCUCCACUGUGACCUUCACCAGAGCAUUGAGGCAGCCAGCGACGAAGAGGACCUGCGUUGGUGGCGCAGCACCCAUGGGCCUGGCAUGGCCAUGAACUGGCCACAGUUUGAGGAGUGGUCCUUGGACACACAGAGGACAAUUAGCCGGAAGGAGAAGGGUGGCCGGAGCCCUGAUGAGGUUACUCUGACCAGCAUUGUGCCCACAAGAGAUGGUGCUGCGCCCCCACCCCAGCCCCUGGGGUCCCCAGGUGGGCAGGAUGAGGACUGGUCAGACGAGGAGAGUCCCCAGAAGACCGCCACUGGGAUACGAGUGCGGGCACUCUACGAUUACGCUGGUCAGGAAGCUGAUGAGCUGAGCUUCCGAGCAGGGGAGGAGCUGCUGAAGAUGAGUGAGGAGGAUGAACAGGGCUGGUGCCAAGGCCAGCUGCAGAGUGGCCGCAUUGGCCUGUACCCUGCCAACUACGUGGAGUGUGUGGGGGCUUGACUUGCCCUCACAGCCUCCUGCAACGUUUCUCCACCCUGGGUCAGAGCCCAGCUUCUCCCGGACAGCCCUCCUGAGGGCCCUGAACCCAUGGCGCCCCUGCCGCCCCUCUGUCCCCUGAGGGGGAAGAAAACUCGGGACUCAGGGAGGGAAGGGGCCAGUGUCUGGGAAGAGACUGGUAGGGAAUGGCCAACUGAGUCUAGACUGAGGGCAAGAUGGGGAGCUCAGGAGGUGACAGAGGGCUCAGAGGUGCCUGGGCCUCCCCAGGAGCUGUGGGGACCCAGUUCCUGGCCUUUGUGUUUUGGGGUUCCUGGGGUGGGCUUGGGGUGAGUAGUUCUGGGCUAGCAGCAUCCUCUGUUGUGACUUGUUCUAGUGUGUAUUAAA